AUGGCCGCCAUCCUCGAUCCACGGCCAAUGACCGUCCGUCGGUCCUCCCGUAUUGCUCGUGUCCAUUCCUCACCUCCUUCAUCGUCCUCGACAGCGACAAAGCAUGUCUCCUCGCCGCCAAAGCCAACCAUAACCACCACAGCCCCCCCGCCUCCCUCCCGCAAACGAUCUCGCACACCGCCUAUCUCUCCCAUUCCAAUCGACGAUCCCCGUCUCACCCCUCGCGCCCUCCGCGCUCUCAAACGACAGCGCCUCUCCCUUGAUUCUGCUCUUGAGCUCGAUGUCGUCGACCCGUGCAUGUCGUUGUCGCAACCCCGCAGUAGUUCUGCUCCACUCGUCGUACACCGCAAGAAACGCAAGGAAAACAUCAUAGCAGGCGAUGUAUUGCCAGUACGAGAGUCACAGCCUGUAAAGCCACAUUCUAAGCAUGCAGAUUCCACUCUCCGCGAGUCAUCUCCACCACAGCCAUCUCCGUUAUCGCCCAAGUACACCUUCUCUUCCAGUGCAGAUGAAAAUAUUCUCAAUGCACAUACUAUCUCGCUUUCAUCUGAGACACACUCUUCAAACGUAUCCUCUACUUCUAUGAGACCACCCCCAAUUUUACCAGAAUUGGCCUCGUCUUCCUAUCCGGCUUCAGAUGUUUCCAGUAUACCCCCACCGGCCACUCAGGCCUACGUCACUUAUACCACACUCUCCUCUUCCGCUAGUCCCACAUCAGCUUCCACUUCAUUCGGGCAUAAGCCAUCGCAAUCAAUCUCACCGCAACCACAUCCUGCUAGUUCCUCGUCGUCGUCCUCGUGUUCACCUGCGGGCUCCUUGACUCAGCCACCCGCACAGCCACACGUGGCGUUCCCAGGCCAUGACUUGGAACUCGACCCAGUGUGGAUGGAUGGAUCAGAUAGUAGUAAGAAUGACUCGCAAAGGCAGGUUGGUGUAGAUUUGUUAAAUACAAAUCAAGUCCAAUCGACAGAGAGGGGAAAUGGUCAGCCAGAUAAUGGCGUCCUAAGGGACAGUCAGAGUGCCGACACGGACAUGGAGUGUGAAAGCCCACGAUUACAUCUCGAUAGAGAUACACAACUACAAAGGGACCGAGAAAUGAUGCAAAGGGAGCGCGAUCGUGAGGUUAAUAUAUGGAAAUUAGCGUGCCAGGAGCGGGUUGAUUACAUCUUAAGACGCUACGGUGUCGACACAAUCAAAGCUAUUGUUGCAUCAGAAGCACGGAGUAUAUCUCCCGAUCCUGAAGCUGGUUCAAGUACCACGCCCACUUUAGGGACCCGAUUUAGGCUUUACACGCCCACGAGUUACACGUAUGGUUCCUUGCCCGACGAAGAUGACACCGAUCCAGAUGCCGAGGGCGAAGCUGAUACUGAUUGUAAAUACGAGUAUGGUGUAGGCUAUAGCUGGGAUUGUGAUUACAAGAUGCGAUCUCUUGGGGAUAAGGAGAGUGGUGAUGGCAUUGAAGACGAUGACUUUGAUGAAGACUAUGAUUACGAUGAGGAGUUUGAUGAUGAGGAAUAUGAAGGUGAAAGUGAUGAAUCUCUAGGAGUUGUGGAUGGUGAUAAUGGCAAACCAGUGGCGGAAGAACCAGGUACAGGCGACAAGGAGGGGCAACCCCGAGCCCUAACUCAAGCCCAAAACCCAACGACAAAAAUGGACGUAGAUCUCGUCUCUACCUCUGCUGCUGCUGAUGCCGCCACAUUUUCACAUAACACUAGCCCUGACUUUAAUUUCAGCCCAUGUCCCUCUUUCGGUCUCUCAACGUUUUCGCAGUGUGAGACGACAAGUUAUCAGGAUAAUGGAAGCAAUUCCAGUACCACAUUAUCGACACCCCUUCUUCAACGUAUAUCUCUCCCAAUUGGCCCAGGUACACCUCCGGGCCCCUCUAAUCCAGUCACGUUGUCCAAUCCAUAUGUGACGCCACGAAUACCGCCUGUUCCGCCUCUCUCAUCUUUGCACGUACCUAUAUUAUCUGAGCCGCCCCGCGCGUAUAUGGGCCGUGGGACGCCUCCUGAUCGGCGAAGGCUGGCAGAAUGGGCGAGUGCAGUAGGCAGAUUUAGCAUGAGUAUUGGCAAUGUCUCAGGUAUAGAAAGCCGCUUGAGCUCGAGCAGCGGACCCAACGUGAUGUCAAGCUCGAGUGCCGGUGCAAAUGAUAGUAUGAGUGCUUCAUACGAUGAUAUUGUUAACCCCGCUGCUGGCGAAUGGACGUCCUUCCUCCAUUCUCUGCUUGCACCUUCUCCCUCUCCUUCACCUUCACCCCCACUAGGCUCCUCUUCUGGAUCAAGCCUGGGUGCUCUAGAUUUGAGCAAAGGGUUGGGAGAUCUGGAUGUCAGCGCGUUGCCACUCUCUCUCCAAUUACCAUCGUCGAUUCAAAUUCCGAACCCAUUCCAGCUUCCGAAUUUCCCUCUGUCGCCUUCUUUUCAACUUCCACCUUUUCAUUCCGCCGGGCAGAUGAUGUCAUCAGAUCAGGUAUCCCCCAUGUUCUCGUUAUCGAACACCUUGCCGCUCUCUUCCCCGGCACUUCAGUUGUCCAUUUCGUCUGCUCCGAGUCUGACUGCAACUUCAGGUGCGAAUAGCGAAGGGAUGAACUGGUUUGAACUUGGUCUUCCUGGUGGCGGUUCCUCCAAUGCAUCUUCUUCGACCCGGAGUUCCAAUCCUAGUGGUGAUGAACCAAUGUCGUCUCAUCCUCCUACCGCUUCUACUUCUCUACCUCCGGCAUGUCUUCCAACGCCUAACUCUAUGCUGCCUUCGUCGCCGAUCACCUCUUCGUCUUGCGCGUCUGCUAGUGGACCUGCUAUUGAAGAUGUACAGAGGGAAUCGAGCACGCUGCGCUUUGCACUAGGCUGA